CGGAACCGGAAGUGCCGGAGCCGCCGCCGCCGCCGCCGCCUCUGAGCGCCGCGUUCGCGCCGGGAGCCGCGGGCGCCGCCGCCGGGAAGCCGCCAGCGGGCCGGGAGUGCGGGCGGCGCGGCAUGAGGCGGCGCGGACCCGCUGCCUAGGCCGGAGCGUCGGGCGGGCCGGCAGCAAGCAGGGGUGGACGGUGAGGAGAGACUCCUGCGGGAGGAGAGCAGUAUGAGCAGAAGGCUCUGCGCCUGACGUCGAGUCCUUGAAGACGAUCUCUUUGCAUGUGGAGGCGAUCUGAGCAGAUGAAAAUACAGUCAGGAAAAUGCAACAUGGCGGCGGCGAUGGAAACAGAGCAGCUGGGGGUGGAGGUGUUUGAGACCGCGGCGUGCGGGGCGGAGUGCGGGGCCGACCCCGACCCCCGCGACUCCCGGGGCCGGCCCGAGCCCGAGCCGUUCUACGUGGAGCGCCAUUCCUGGAGCCAGCUCAAGAAGCUGCUGGCCGACACGCGGAAGCUGCACGGCUGCGCCCUGGCCAAGGCGCCGCACGACUUCCUGUUCGUGAAGCGCGGCGACGCCGACGGGCCCCACUCGCACCGCAUCUACUACCUGGCGAUGUCUGGUGAGAACAGAGAAAACACGUUGUUUUACUCUGAAGUUCCCAAGACCAUCAACAGAGCAGCAGCCUUAAUGCUUUCUUGGAAGCCUCUUCUGGAUCUUUUUCAGGCGACGCUGGACUACGGGAUGUAUUCUCGCGAGGAAGAGCUACUGCGGGAGAGGAAGCGCAUCGGGACGGUCGGGAUCGCCUCCUAUGAUUACCACCAAGGGAGCGGGACGUUUCUGUUCCAGGCCGGCAGUGGCAUCUACCACAUCAAGGACGGGGGCCCGCAGGGCUUUACUCAACAACCCUUACGGCCCAAUCUAGUGGAGACUAGUUGUCCCAACAUUCGGAUGGAUCCCAAAUUGUGCCCCGCCGACCCAGACUGGAUUGCCUUCAUACACAGCAACGACAUCUGGGUGUCCAACAUCGUGACCAGAGAGGAGAGGAGGCUCACCUACGCGCAUAACGAGCUGGUCAACAUGGAGGAGGACCCCAGAUCUGCUGGAGUGGCGACCUUUGUUCUUCAGGAAGAAUUUGAUAGAUAUUCCGGCUACUGGUGGUGUCCACAAGCUGAAACAACUCCUAGUGGCAACAAAAUUCUUCGAAUUCUGUAUGAAGAGAAUGAUGAGUCUGAAGUGGAGGUCAUCCACGUCACGUCGCCCAUGCUGGAGACAAGGAGGGCAGAUUCAUUUCGCUAUCCGAAAACCGGUACAGCCAACCCUAAAGUCACCUUUAAGAUGUCAGAAAUGAUGAUUGAUGCCGAAGGCAGGAUUCUAGAUGUCAUAGACAAGGAACUCAUUCAGCCCUUCGAGGUUCUGUUCGAAGGAGUUGAGUACAUUGCCAGAGCUGGCUGGACUCCAGAGGGAAAAUAUGCUUGGUCCAUUCUGCUAGAUCGCUCCCAAACCCGUCUACAGAUAGUGUUGAUCUCGCCUGAAUUAUUUAUCCCAGUAGAAGACGAUGCCAUGGAAAGACAGAGGCUCAUCGAGUCAGUGCCUGACUCUGUGACGCCACUGAUCAUCUACGAAGAGACGACGGACAUCUGGAUAAACAUCCACGACAUCUUUCAUGUCUUCCCCCAAAGUCAUGAAGAUGAAAUUGAGUUUAUUUUUGCUUCUGAGUGCAAAACCGGUUUCCGUCAUCUGUAUAAAAUCACGUCUGUCUUAAAGGAGAGCAAGUAUAAACGGUCCAGCGGUGGUCUGCCAGCCCCAAGUGACUUCAAGUGUCCCAUCAAAGAGGAGAUAACCAUCACCAGCGGCGAAUGGGAAGUGCUGGGCCGCCACGGAUCGAACAUCCAGGUAGAUGAAGCCAGAAAGCUGGUGUACUUCGAAGGCACCAAAGACUCUCCCCUCGAGCACCAUCUGUACGUGGUCAGCUACGCCAGCCCGGGAGAGGCGACGAGGCUGACGGAGCGCGGCUAUUCCCACUCCUGCUGCAUCAGCCAGCACUGUGACUUCUUUAUAAGCAAGUACAGCAACCAGAAGAACCCACACUGUGUGUCCCUUUACAAGCUCGCAAGUUCGGAAGACGACCCGACUUGCAGGACAAAGGAAUUCUGGGCCACCAUUUUGGAUUCAGCAGGUCCUCUUCCAGACUACACCCCUCCAGAAAUUUUCUCCUUUGAAAGUACGACAGGAUUCACCUUGUAUGGAAUGCUGUACAAGCCUCAUGAUCUGCAGCCUGGAAAGAAAUACCCCACGGUGCUGUUCAUCUACGGUGGUCCUCAGGUGCAGCUGGUGAAUAAUCGGUUUAAAGGAGUCAAGUAUUUCCGCCUGAACACCCUGGCGUCUCUGGGCUAUGUGGUCGUGGUGAUUGACAACAGGGGCUCCUGUCACCGGGGGCUGAAGUUUGAAGGCGCCUUUAAGUAUAAAAUGGGCCAGAUAGAGAUCGACGACCAGGUGGAAGGCCUACAGUACCUGGCUGCCCGCUACGACUUCAUUGACCUGGAGCGAGUGGGCAUCCACGGCUGGUCCUACGGAGGCUACCUCUCCCUCAUGGCUCUGAUGCAGAGGUCAGACAUCUUCCGGGUCGCCAUCGCGGGGGCCCCCGUCACCCUGUGGAUCUUCUAUGACACGGGCUACACGGAGCGCUACAUGGGCCACCCCGAGCAGAACGAGCAGGGCUAUUACUUGGGCUCGGUGGCCAUGCAAGCGGAGAAGUUCCCCUCGGAACCAAACCGUUUACUGCUCUUGCACGGGUUCUUGGAUGAGAAUGUCCAUUUCGCACACACCAGUAUAUUACUGAGCUUCUUAGUGAGGGCUGGAAAGCCUUAUGACCUACAGAUCUAUCCUCAGGAGAGACACAGCAUAAGAGUUCCUGAGUCCGGAGAGCAUUAUGAACUGCACCUCCUGCACUACCUCCAGGAAAACCUGGGCUCCCAUAUCGCCGCUCUGAAGGUCAUGUGAUUUCCGCCCGUGGGCCGGUGCACUGGCUUUUGACGGAGGAGGAGGAGGAGGAGGAGGAGGAGGAGGAGGAGCUCUGAUCAGUGCGGCACACAGGCUCCAUCACCACGUCACUUCUGCUUUGGGAAGCCCGUCCGGUGCCAUACAGCCCUGCGGCUCAUGAACGCUGACCCGGCCCCUGACCCCACACUCUGCGUUGAAUGGCGUGUGCUUUCACGGGGUCCAGAGAUCCCAUGAAAACUUCUGAAAGAAAGAAGACGCUAGCCCCUGCCCCACACUACCUGAUUUUCACUUUCAGUAGCGUUAUAAUCCCAUGGACUUAAUUGUUUUUACAGUAUAAUUCUGAGUUCGUUCAAAUCUGAUGACAUAAGUGAUUGGUUUGGUUUGGUCUGAACCCAGACUUUCUGACUAGUUGCAGAUUUGAGAGUUGCACUUCAAUGUAAUUGAAUAACUUAUACUUCAUUGCCUGGGUGUAACCAGCAUGUCAUGAACUAAUCACUAUUAAAUCUAUGACUUAACCAGUCA